UGUUGGACAAUGACUAUGUGGUUUGUUGAUGCCCAUUUUCAUUGUCCUGUAAUCGUGUUGUUUUGACGUGCAGAAUCGCACUACAGAGCAUUCCUAUUAUUUUUGAAAAUACAUGUAGGUCGUUUAUGCCGAUAUUAUAUAUACAGCUGUCUCUCGGAUUCGCUGCACGAAACAGUUGAACAUUUUCUUUUCAUACCCAUCAUGAACUGAAACUUGACUUGAGAGUGCAGACGGAAAAUAAGCAGGACUUCAUCGAAUUUUGUUUGCAAAGCAUGUGAUCAUGGGUCUCGUCCUCUCCAGUCCAAGAGCUCAGCUCAGUGAAGACGACAUUCAAGAGAUGAAAGCACUCACUGGAUUUACUGGAAGGCAGAUUGUUCGCCUGUACCACCGCUUCAGUCACCUUGAUAAAGGAGAUAACUAUUUACUAAGUCGAGAAGACCUUGAACGUAUUCCAGAACUUGCUAUCAAUCCACUGGGUUCUCGGGUUCUUGAUAUGUUCUUCCCAUCACCGAGCGAUGAGGAUGCAGAGACCAUGAUCAAUUUCCCGAAAUUUCUGGACCUGCUCUCGAUUUUCCGCAAGUCAGACCGCAGCGACAGCACAAAGCAGAGAGACAGAAAAUUGAAAUUUGUAUUCGAGCUGUAUGAUGCAGACAAGGAUGGUGUGGUCACCAAAAAGGAACUAUUUGAUGUUGUGGCGAUGAUGGUUGGCGAGUGUGAAGACAAUGAAAUGAUUCAAGAGGUUGUGGUGCGAACAAUGGCAGAAGCCACAGGCUCAGAAGAUGGGCCGCUCGACUUUGACUCAUUCGUGUCUCUGAUGGCAUCUUGCAACGUGGAACAAAGUCUUGUUGUUGGUUUCGGUCAGUGAACUAUACAGACGUGCAUUAUAUUCCGUGUACACUGAUAGUCCCAUGCUGUUCUAUAUCUACCAGUCAGUACCAGAGUGUUCUGUACAGGCACCCGCAACCGAUUGAUUGUGUCAGUCUGUACGUUGCUUGCUUCACAUUGCUUCUCUAUACAUUGCCCUUCCCCUUAUUUUCACGUAUCCAACAGUGGCAUCCACUUUUGUUUGUUUCCUUUAUCUUGUCGAACUACUUUGAGUACACAUACCAUGACAGUCAAGUGGGUAAGUAUUGGUUGUCCCCAGAGAGUUCCUGUACAGUAAUACUGCUUGUACAUAGUAUGUGUGUGCAUGCGUGUGUGUUUGCACGCUGCAUUUGCUCAUAGCCAUAGGUAAUACCUAGCCUGCAUUUCUGUGUUAUUUUCAUUAUUGUAUUUAGUCUUAUUCAAACCCAUUCUUGAAAGCUGAACCAAGUUUUUUAGAUUAUUAAAAUUGUUGUCCCCGUGGCAUUUAUUCAAUUUUUUUAAAUACUCCUUUAGCUAAUAAUUAUAUGAAAGGGAGUUCCAAUCUCUGCAGGUGUGGAUACUUCUUGCUGCAGGCGGGCCUCUUUGUACCCGUCUACUCAUGCUGAUCUGCCCGACGAUGCCCUGUGCGUUUCCAUGUGCCUCCUUUUCCAUUGCUUGAACUUGUGUUUCAUUAGGUUCGUUUCCUUGUGAAGCUCUAGCCUUCUCCAUGAGGCAAAAGAAUUCUUUAUCCCCUUUUAACCAGA